AUGACUUCGAAUGCUUCGACUACACCUUCUGUGGGAUCAACCGCCAUCGAUACACAUAAACGGGACUCGGAUGACAUUGGUUGGGAAUAUGGUUUUAUCUCGGAUAAAAGCAACUUGGAUAGAUUGAAAUGGAAGUUAAAAAAUAAAGCUAAACUUUCACAAGAUGAAGCCUUAAGAUUUGUGGUGAGACAAGAAUUUCAUGAUAGCGUGGAUGGAGUAGAAUCUUCUUUCGGGUUGAAAGCACCAAAUGUUAUAGGCCCCAUGGAUGGCUAUGCAAACAAAAUAAACCCCGAAGAAGAUUUGAAUGCGAGAAAGGGAAAAAAUAUUAUUCUUAACAAUAUUGUCCAGAAAGAAAGAAUAUUCACGGUCCAUAAAUACAUUAGUAGGUGGGCGUAUGAAAGCGCAAUUCCUUUUCAUGCCCUUGAAAAGGAAAGCUUUAAAAUGAUGUUGGAGGUUGUUGGCCAAUUUCGAACCAGGCUUCCACCUCCUACUAGAUAUGAUUUAAGUGACACGAUUCUAAAGCAUGAGGUUGAAAGAACAAAAAGCUUAUUGAAAAAAAAAGAACAAGAAUGCAAAAAGAGGAUGGAUGCUCGAUUAUGA